CCCGGAAACGUUGUCGCUUAAAGGGACAGAGGAGGAAUUUAGGCAAAGGUUGAAGCAACGAAAACAGCUGCGAGCACAGAAAAAAGACAGACAGAGAGAGAGGAAGGGACGUAGUAGGCCAACUAGCGAGCUAUGUGGCAAAGCAGAGUGGGAAGACGAGACUAAAACCGUCCGAUUAUUUUACCCGUGAGACAUCCAGCUAACGUCGUUAGCGGCUUUUCAGUCUUCGAGGUCGAUUUUCGUUAGCUACCUGGAAUCCGUCCACGCAGUAGGCAGAGAGAUAACAAAAAGGCCAAACUCCCAGACGACAGGGACGCGUGAAUUCAGGCUGCCAGACUGUGGUUUUCCACCCGGGUCCACCUUUUUUUUAUUGUUAGGAAGAAGGAAGCACAGAGAGACGGCAAACCAGAGAGCUGACGAAGGGAGAGAGACAGAGAGAGGGAGACAGAGAGAAGGCAGCUUAACCCGGUGGAAAUAGAAACACAGAGGAGGACAGAGAGAGACAAGGCAGCAGACUCAGCCAUCAUCCAGCCACCAGACGAAAUAGAGGAAGGAAGGACAGAGGCAGAGGGUGAGACAGCGAGAUAAACCACAUCUUUCUGAGAGGGAUUUCUGGGUGGAAUGACCCUGUCAUGAUGCCACAGCCUUGCCACGCCAUACGCCCAGGUGACCAAGGAGGGCGUGUCUGGCUAUCAGCCAAUCACAGAUGGAGCCCCAAUAGAGUUACUUCAGAUACAGAUAUAUUUCCUCCAAAGAGCCUCCUGCAUCACUGACACUUCGCCCCUCUGGUCAUUGCUCCCCUGCCCCCUUCCUUCACUCCUGUUUUCUCUGGAGUCCUUACUGUUUCCUGAUUACCCGUCUUGGGAUGUUGGAGUCGUUUUGUGGCAGCUGCCAUGGAGAUAGAUGGGUUCCUCUAGUAGGCUAUUCAAGACACAACCUCCAGAUGUUGGGCCAGAUGCAGGUCGUCCACACGGGCAGCAUUAGACAAGGACGGGCACAGAGGUGCUGUGCGGCUCAGCUUCCUGAUUCACACUAUCUGACAAAAUCACAGCAGGAACUAUAGGACUUCCUAUUCCUGUGGAACAUCUUGCUCUGGCACUUGUGAGGACCUACUUGACCCUGUUGCACAAAAUUUAGUCAGGACUCUUAUCCUCCAGCGUAGAAACCAUGCGCCACAUUCACGUGGAGUUAGCCCACAAAAAGGCUCCGUUAGAGCUUCCAGCCCAGGAGGGGGACCUGCCUCCACCUACAGCCCCAACACAGGGCCUAGACCCUGGGGUCAGACCUGGGGUACCCAGGCACUUUGGACAGGAGGAGUUACGUCUCCAAAAGGUCUACCAGCUCUCUAUUUUCUCCCAGUUGGGGGGAUUUUCUACCUCCACCGAAUCCCACACUGACACCCAACAGAGGCCUGUCCGUUUGGGUGUGAAAAGGGGGCUAGAGGAACCCCAGCUGACUCAUAAGCGCCCUCACCUGGGGGACACCUCAGAUAAAGAGGCGUUUGAGGGAGGGGUGCUAUGUGGGCCAGCCCCUGCUCAAGGUGUUGGGAUGGGGUUAGCGAUGGGCCCAGCUGGGCCUGGUUCUGUAUACUCUUGCGCACAGAUGGAGCACAGGGACUCUGAGGGGGGACUGUCACCCAGGUCUCCACCCCUCUCCCCAAGCCACAACCCCUCCCGACGCCCAACUCAGCACAAUCAUGACAGGCCCAUUCCUGAUGUGUUUGCUCCUCUCUCACCUAAAUCUCCCCCAAUGUGUGACCCACACAGUCAUCUUUGUGAUCAGGGCCAUUCCAUCGGAGGUUCAGCCAGGACUGAGGCACCUAAUGGGGGCCACACACCCACCCACCCACUAGGUAGUAGUCCCGGAAGUGAAAAUUUCAAUAAUGGCUCAUCUGGAGGCCAGCCCAGUCCCUACUUAUAUGAGAUGUCUACAUAUGAGAUUCCCAACCCUACCAGUCCCACCAGCCCCCCAGGCCCUUUCUCACCCCCACACCACACAGAGCUGCAGGAACCUGGGGAGGCCACCGAAUGGGAAGUCGGACUUGAAUCCUCCCCACCUGAGCGAAGUGCCACCCAGACUGCUUCCUCCUCUAAUGGCCUGGCUUCCUGGGAGAAAACUCCCAGCACUAAUGGCCACCGCCUCUCUUCUGGAGGCCACUGGCCGGCCAAAAAGAGACUGCUGUCCCCAAGCGAUACUGGGGAGUCAUGUUCAGAUGAUGAGGGACCCUCCACAUCCAAGAGAAGCAGGCUGUCAUUGCUGGCUCCAGGACUUGGCCCAGCAUCGUGUCGCAGCACUGAUGCUAAAGCCGCCCCUUACUGGAACCACCUGCUGCCCUCUGCAUGGGAUCGACCCAAGACCGGCACAGACUGCACGAGAUCAGGGAGACGGCUUAAAAGUGGACUGCGGCUGAAGAGUCGGCAGCUGCGCAGCGGCAGACACACAGACACCGGCCGCUCCACACGUUCCAGUUGGCCCUCAUCAUCCAUCAGCAGAUCGCUACUCGGCAACUUUGAGGAGUCUAUACUGAAGGGUCGAUUCUCCCCGUCAGGCCGGAUCGAAGGCUUCACAGCUGAGAUCGGUGCCAGCGGCUCCUAUUGCCCGCAGCACGUCACCCUGCCUGUGCAGGUUACGUACUACGAUAUCUCAGAGCACAGCGCACCCUCACCCUUCCUGGGGGUGAUAUCCCUUGAGCCGCUUGGAAAGAAAGGAUACAGCAUACCCAAAGCAGGGACCAUUCAAGUGACCUUAUUUAAUCCCAACAAAACUGUGGUGAAGAUGUUCCUGGUGACCUACAACUUCGGCGACAUGCCCGUCAAUCACAUGACCUUCCUGCGCCACCGUAUCUUCCUGGUGCCUGUGGAGGAGGGGGUUGAAGGGAAAAGCGAGGUGUCUCCAGGGGGCGGAGUUCUCGACAGAAAGAAGAUUCUCUGCUACCUGAUACAUCUCAGAUUCCAGAGCUCCAAAUCUGGGAAGAUCUACUUGCACAAUGAUAUCCGGCUGCUAUUCUCCCGCAAAUCCAUCGAAGUGGACACAGGGAUCCCUUACGAGCUGAAAUCUUUCACCGAGGUGCCAAGAAACCCCAAAUACUCCCCCCGUGUGUGACUUCCCCAGCUUGACCCUCUGACCCUCCCCGACGCCAACGCAGCCCCUCUUGUGCUUCCUAAAGAAGGAGGGAGGGAAACAGACAGACUGCUAGAAUGAUGGACACAAAACUUGACAAGACUUGAUGAGACACGCAGCACAUGCACACAAGACACAGGUGCACAUACGAUACAGUGUCGGUGUUAGCAAAAGCCCUGCUUUUUAUGCAUUUAUUCAAAUUCAAAACAGUUUGGUGAUGGGAAACUGAACCAAAUAUGGCAUUUCUUCUGUCUUUUUAUUCUCUGAAAUAUUAGAAUUAUUAGCAAAGGAGCAGCCCAUCCCGGAUGCAGUCAGAAGCAGGACUUUUACGACACCUUCCGCUGUACAAACACUGACACGUACACAGCACACAGCACACACGUCACAGCUGAAACACUUCUGGUGGAGACUGAGUUCAGUGUUAACAUGCAUGCCUUGUGACUUAAACAACUGAAUUUUCCUCUAGUGCCGUAUCACACUGUCCUUCACUCUGCCUGCAGCUCCAGCCACCUCGUCGGACCAAUCAUUUCCACCAGUUUAAAUUUGACAAGAGGCCACAAAACAAUAAGCACAUGCCUCGAUUGUCAGGAGAAUGAAGUACUGACCCUCCCCUCACUCUUUUCACACCCUCGCACACUUUCUGACCAGCGGAGGAGCAAAGACACAAAUGCUUGAGAGAGCGAAGGCUGAAGCAGAAUCGGCCAUCUUGAUCUCCGAUGUCUCAUCAUUUAACACAUGAUAAAAAGAAAUGCAGACAUGAUUUGACCACACUUAGGACAUCUGUUAAACAAUACAUCUCUCCUCCUACCAUUUCACCUACCACGGUAUGGACCACUGUGUAGACUUCAAAACCAGGAGGGUCAUACCAUGUAGUGAAAAACAGGGGAAUCCAGUUCAUGUUAUGUAGCCAGACUGAGGGACACUGUGCCGUAUCUUUUUUUCAUUUUUCUUUCUUUUUUUUUUUUUUUAAAGAU